UUACCGAGUUCGCCGAAGAACUUCCACCAAAUUUUCUUGAGGUGGGUACCAUCUUCGCGCCUUAAUUGCCUUGUCGGUACCUCCAAUUACCCUUUCCUUCUUUAAUCGGCUACUAAGGGGAAUCAAGCAUUGUAAAUUUACAAAUUGAUUAAAGAUUAAAGUUGUUCUAAGGAUGUCGGCGGACGAAAGAAACAUUGUCAAAGUUUUUCGAGCUUGGAAAACAGCUCAUCAGUUGGUUCAUGAUAGGGGAUACGGCGUCUCUCAAGCAGAACUUGAUCUCACAUUAGACCAAUUCAAGGCAAUGCACUGUGGCAUGGGCCGCAACUUAGAUCGUUCUACUUUAAGUUUUUAUGCCAAACCUCCGGCUGAUUCUGACAAAGGCACCAUUUAUGUUGAAUUUGCGAAGGAGCCAUCGGUAGGCAUUAAGGAAAUGCGUACUUUCGUCCAUACACUGGGGGAUCAUAAUCACAAGACCGGCAUUUUAAUCUACGCUAAUUCUAUGACACCAAGCGCUGCCAAAAUUAUCUCGACUGUUACUGGACAAUUUACGAUUGAAACAUUCCAAGAGAGUGACCUGAUUGUUAACAUCACCCAUCAUGAGCUCGUACCGAAACACAUUCUACUUACUCCGGAUGAGAAAAAAGAGCUUUUAGAACGUUAUAAGCUUAGAGAAACUCAGUUGCCUCGUAUCCAAUUAGCUGAUCCCGUGGCAAGAUAUCUUGGCUUGAAGCGUGGUCAGGUUGUAAAGAUUGUGCGAAAGAGUGAAACUAGUGGAAGAUACAACAGUUACCGUAUAUGUGCCUAAUCUAAAGGAUUGUGUUUAAUAGAUUCUUAAUAUCUCUAUUUCCCUCGCUAUGCUAACGUUCUGGUUUGAGGGCAAAGAAUGUCAUUAACAGGGAAUUCUUAGUCACUAUUUUCGUUCCUUGAUUAAAAAAAGAAAAAGAAAGAAAAUAAGUUAUAAAGUCAAUUGACUACAAUUUUUGCUUUUUUUCUUAAAAACAAAAAAGAAGGUAUUAUCGAAUUUUGACCAUUGUCAGAAAGAGGUUAUUUUCUAUAUCUAUAUAUAUUUGAAAUUUUAGAUUAGGAGGUUCUGUUUAUAUUCUCUCUUUUGACUUCGUCUUUAUGAGGUUUAAAUUUUAAUAAAAGGUUAAAUGGGUU